AUGGAUAUUGCUAUGCCUCAUUUGCCAGACCAUCAGCAUGGUCAACUAAUCUCGCAGCCAUCUCAGUCUCACAACAUCGUCGACAUCCCGGACUUGGAUCCUGACAACAAUGCCGUUGGGAUAGCCAUUUCAAAACUUGAAGACAUCCUGGCUAAUGUACAGGAAGCGUUAUGGGACAGACAAGAAUUGUCAAUUCCCUACAGAACUCGUUCUCGUGCCCGGCAGACUAGCAACAACCCGGGAGGCAAUCCUCGCUUGCGGCCUGCAACUUCUGCGGUCCGGUUCCCUGGUAGGACUGAUAAUGAGGCUAUCAAGUUCACUCGAUUGUUGAAGAUCUGUCAACUAUCGCUCAGUGCCUUGAUCGCAGGUACCCCAAUUACCAAGAGGAACAUUUACUACCAGGACCCCGUUCUGUUCAAGAAUAUGUCUGUUGUCGACAAGCUAGUAGAUGACUUAGCCUAUACUCUCGGACUAGGAAGGGACAGCCUCAACAUCGCAAGUACCCCCUCCUAUCGUUUUUGCGUUUUCUCAAAACCAAGUCAGGUUGCGGCCGCCAAAGGCCUCAUAGCGGGGCCUCUCAUCUUGCACCUGAAAGACUCUUCUAGGGUUGAUGCAUCAUCCAGUGACACCGGUGUACUUCUCCCUUUGACAAAAAGUCUUGCUCGGAUCGAUUUCCGUCUCGUGGAGUGGGUUUUGGUCAUUGAGAAGGAGGUGGGAGUGUUCUCUCCAUGCGUUGGAAUGAUCUCUCUCUCAUAA